AUGGUGGCAGGAUUUGUCACAGUUGUAAUUAAGGCAACCAAUGAUGCUGGAGGCUGGCCAGCUAUGGUUGAUUUAUCUGGGGGUAGACUUGACUACGCGAAAUUCAGUUUGGAUCCAAGCGCAAGACUGACCUUUUGGAAUAUGACAUUUGGAAGUAUAACAAUGAUGCUAUGCGCUUCGUUUAUGCAGCCUGGUAUGCAGCGUAUUUAUUCUGUACCAAAUACAAGGGAAGCCAGAAAAAUGCUCUUAUUUGCUAGCCCAUUCUUCCUUAUUCUUUGCUGGCUAGCGGCUUUUGAAGGCGGAGUCCUCUUUGCCUAUUACAAUUCGAAAGGCUGCGACAUAUAUGCAGGCGGAGUCAUUGAGAACGUAAAUGAAAUAGUACCAUUUGCAGUGAUGGACAUGUUCAAUAAGCACCCGGGAAUUCCAGGGUUAUUUGUCGCCUCUCUGUCAUGCGCUGCGUUAAGUACACUAUCGUCAUUUGUAAGCAGCUUAUCAGCAAUUGUGUACGAGGACAUUAUCAAAGUACACAAACCGAAUAUUGGAGACAAGACAGCGGCUAAACUGUCACGUGUUUUGACGCUUGCAUUCGGAGCAGUGUCGUUAGGAGCGACGUUUCUGAUUUCUGUUUUGCCAGGAACAGUUGUCUCCCUUUUCUCGAGCUUAACGGCGUGUCUUGAUGGGCCGACUUGUGCAAUAUUUAUUCUAGCAGCAGGAUGGAAACGGGCAACAACGAAAGGCAUACUGGUUGGCACAUUUUGUGGAAUCACUCUUGCAUUCUUGAUUAAUUUAGGAAAGCUCUUCGGUGAUUUACCUCCGAACCCCACCCUCCCCGCAGGACCCACACACAACUGUGACUUAUACUUCACAAGUAAUCAAACAACAUUAGAGUACUCGAACUUCGAGACAACGAGAAGCCCAGUUGUAAAUGCUACAACAACAGUUGUCGUUGAGAGCGAACUUACAGUUGUGGAACAAAUCUACAAUAUAUCUUACAUGCUUAUAUCUCUGGUUGGGUUUACGGUCACAAUGAUUGUGGGAAUCAUUGUCAGUUUGCUGACCAAACCUCCAGAAAAGGUAGACGAGAGAUGUAUAUUUUCAUUCCGUAAACAUAUCGUUGAAGAAUUGUUUGGCAAGGACGCUACAGCACCAAGUGAUCUCACUGAUGAAGAGAUGAAAUUCCUUAAUGGACCUACUCAAUGA